CGCUAACCUCAGCAGCAAGCUGAGAGGCAGGGAGGCCAUGGCUAAGGACCUAGAGCCUCAAUUCUACCUGAGGCGGAGACACUGUGAACUGCACAGUAUCAAAACUCUGUGCAACCUAAGGGAGCUUCUGAACAGACUUCAGAAGGAUCACCAAGAGGAUGUCUGUCUCUAUAUCUCAGGGCACCUGAACCUCAACAAACUCUACAGGCCACAAAAGAACAUAUUGCAUCACUGGCACAGCGCCCAUAGGUCAAGGUGGGAGACAGUCCCCCCAGCAAGAAUAGAGAAAGCAAUGUACGGGAGGACUGCUGAGAUGAAGGAUGCUUUGUCUUAUUUUACCAUAAACACAGCUCUGGUUCCCAGUGAUGCUCCGGACACCAAACUCUUCAGGUAUUUAAACCCCCAAACUGCAGUUUCACGAAAUUUACAUGCUUUUGAAGAUUUUAUUCCAAUGCAGAUUCUGCAGGAAGAGAAAAAGGAAGAAGAGGUGCUUGAGCGCCCCUCAGAGCAACGUCGGAGAGAGGAACUCAGGUUGCCUGAGGUGAAGGUACUGAAGUUCAAGGAGGCAAGAUCCAGCCGCCAGUGCACGCUGUCUCCCCCAGGUCCAGAUGAGUACCAGUAUGUCAGCUCCUACCUAGCCAGUGUGACAAAAGCCGACAGGUACAAGAAGUUCUUGAGUUUCCAAAGAGCAGUUGGAGUAAAGCAAGGUCUGAAGAGUGACUUCACUGGGAGCAAGGUAGCAAUCAGCCAUGAAAAGAAACUGGAGGCGGAACUCCAGAAAAUAUGCACGUGCGACUCACAACAGUUCAACAGGCUGCAGGUUUUUGGAGAAGUCUUUGAAGACAUUUGCAAUAGCUCUCUGAUAUUUGGCAACCUCUUGAAAGAAAUUAAGAACGAGUAUGAACUCUACAUGGCAAUACUUCUGGACUCCCAGCCCACAAAGCAGAUUAAGAUGCUCCAGGCAGAAAUCCAAGGGCUGGAGAAGGGCCCUGUGAGGCCUGAGGAUGUUGAUGAGGCCAAGAAGGAGCUGAGGAGGCUCGUGCAGGCCACCAAGGCAGCCCUGGAGCACAACGACAUGCUGAGAAAUGAAUUAGAGAUGGAGUGCAAAUUGCUACAGUCUGCUAAGGAAAAAUCAGGAUCUUCUCAGAAAACUAUAAUUGAUGAAGAACAACUUACUCUCACUGAGAAGGUUGAAAAGAAGAGGCGUGAAAUACUCAAUAAAUGGGAUGAAAUUCAAGCUCUUGAAACACAAAUUAAAACUGCUUUGGUGCACACCAGUAUUUUAGAUGUCACUGAGAGUAAGAUUAAAAGCAUAGAGAAUGAAGCUAUAAAAUUGGAAACAAAAAAUAGAAUACUACAGAAGAAAAUACAAGUCAUUGAAAACAAUGUGAAGCAGAUCAUGAAAAAGAGUAACAUCAGUGAGGAGGAACAGCAGAGUAUUGAGGAAUUUAUCACAACGUUUGUAGAGGAAACAAAAAAUAACUCUCAAGAAACUGAAGAAAAGAUCUGUGAAAACUGACAAGUGCCCUGUAUAUUUUGGAUGUUUGCAGAUGUAUAAUUUAAUGAAGACUUACUGUAUUUCAUAAACUUCAAUCCUAUUAAAGUAUAAUGGACCCAGAAAUUGAUAAAUACAUGUAAAAAUACUUUUUUCACAUUCAUGUAUAUGUGUAUAGCAAUACUAGUUCUUAGAAUAUUUUGUUUUUAUUUAGUAACUUUCAACUGAAAAUACUUCUGCAUAUUUAAUAAGAAUAAAAAAAUUGAGCUCCUCUAUAAUGCAGAUAAAAUUUGCUUAUUUGCCAACGCAGGCUUCUAUCCAUGCAUUUAAUAAAAUUUAAUAAUGGACUAACUAGUA